CUAAAAUGGACACGAGUAAUUUAAUUUUCAAAGUAUUCAUAAGUUAAUAGUGAGAAACGAUGGAGAGGCAAAAGUUUGAAGGACGGGAACUGUUUUGGGUCAUUAUUCUGCAGCUCUCAGUCUUGACGAUGGCGGCAAAUAUGACGAAUGAUACUCCUGAGAUAACGGAGGAGCCAACAAUUGGAUUAUAUGCUUGGAGCUCGUGGGGCUCUUGGAGUCCUUGUUCUCGGAGUUGUGGUGGUGGAGUAUCAGUACAGGAGAGACAAUGCUUACCCAGAUCUCGUAAUUUAGUUAACAAUGGGACCUUAACGUCAACGUCUAUAGACAGACAGACAAGACAAGCUAACCCGGACUGCUAUGGACUUGAUAAAAGAUAUCACGAAUGUAACAUACAUCAAUGUGCUGGUGGGGCGCAAGACAUGCGUGCAGUACAGUGCUCAUCGUAUGAUCGCAGACCAUUCCGCGGUAGAUUUUACACUUGGACACCCUAUAUAGACGGUGACUCACCCUGCAUGUUAAACUGCAGACCGCUAGGACAGCAAUUCUAUGCGUCGCUAGCGCUUGUAGUGGAUGGCACGCCUUGCACAAAACCGGGCUACAGAGCUAUAUGUAUUCAAGGACAUUGUAAGGUAAAAGCUUUUGAAUAG